AUGGUAUUUCGUUCCUGUUUAUGCUCUAGAAAAUAUCAACCUCUUUUUACUCUGCACAAACUAAAGCCAUCCUCCUAUGGUCCAUCCAAAUACCCUGGCAUUUUAGCAACACACCCUCGCCCAGUAGCACCAUCCAUCACUCGACACUUUACCACCACACCACAUCAAUUACACAACAAACAAGACGCUCCCUUCUCCGAGACACAUUCAGAGCUAUUCUCGGUGCUCACUAAGAAAUACACAACCAGACAGGCAAAAUCCUAUUAUAGACGCUUGUCAAAGCAAUCGCCCGAGCAACUGGCCGAUCUUUUGGGCUCAAUAGCAAAGGCCAGAGGAUAUGACAGAGAUCUAGUGCGAGUGACAGUAGACGCUGCAGCUUACUGGCCAGUACCCACUAUUCAUCGUGUGCUAGAGAUUUGGAACAAUCACUACUUGUAUCUGCAAUUGGAGAUUCUGAAAUCCAUCUUGCUGAAAAAAUAUGUCAUUAACCGAGAUAUAGUGCCCAUCAUCAACGCUCUGCCUGAAAAGGGCGCUUCAGCCAAUGUCAUGCCAUUCUACAAUGCUGCAUUGAACACCUGUCAAGACCUCGAGGAAUACCAACACAUGCGACUGAUAUUCAGCAUGAUGAAGGAACGCAAUUUGAGACCGGAUACAGCAUCGUAUAACAUUUUGCUAAGGAUGCGACUGAACCAGGAAGGAGCAGACGUGCCUGGAUUAAGGAUGUAUCAAGAUAUGGUAGACGAGGGUGCUCAGCCUAAUCACGCUACGCUCAACACGUUCAUCAAGCAUGCGAUACAGCGCAAGGAAUGGAACACAUUGGAGCAAUGGCUGGAUCUAAUGAAGAAGCAAGGGAUCACACCUACCCCUGUUACCCUACGCAUCUUGUUCAGAGCGUUGUGUGUCAAUCCCAAUCAACCCGAAUUGACUCGAGCAUUUGAUCGAGUGUCGGCUAUUGUGCCUUUAUCCACCAAGCAGGAAGAGUUUUUAAAUGCGGGCACAUCAGCAUUACUGGAUCAACACAAGACGAUUGCCGCUGCCGAUCUGCUAAAAACAACACUUGGACUGAAAACCAAACUCUCGACCUACGCUUAUAAUCUACUGCUGCGAUCUCUUUGUCAGCAAGGCCGAAUUGAAAGCGCACAGCAUGUAUUGACGUCCAUGAUUACUACUGACAGCAUACCCGAACCCGAUAUCGUCAGUUUUACCACCGUGAUCCAUGGCCUCAUACGCCACUCUGAUAAGAUUGACUUGAAACAAAUCAGCGCUCUCUACGACAAGCUAGAGCAACAAGAGCUGCGCUCCAACAAUGUACUGCAGUCUGUCAUUUUAUAUGGCUUCGUGCGAUCCAAAGAUAACAAAAACCUCCAAAAGACACGUUCCCUGUUUGAUUCCAUCAUCAGCAACAAGAACCGAGCCCAAAUACCAGUGCAGCAUGGCGAUAGUCCUCUUUCUGAGAUGAACACGUACAACAUGAUGAUGGACUUUUACUUUUUACACUAUCACAAAUCAAAGACGUACAAGAACCAGAUACCAAAGCAAGUUUUUCAACUGUUGAACGAAGCUGUAGAAAUCAAGAAACUGAGGCCCACGCUGGUGACAAUGAACAUCAUGGUGCGUGGAUUGGCUGUCUUGAACAAGGAUCUCGUGGCGGCUGAAAAGGUGGUCGAGUUGCUUAAAAGUAAAGGCGUAGUGAUGGAUGAAAAAACGGUGUGGUAUCUGGCCAGAUCAGCGUACCGUCAAGGACAGAUAUCCAAGGCACGGCAAUUGAUCGAUGAUUUUACAUUGCCCAUCACACAGCCUGGCUUGAAAGAACUCAAGUUGACAUUGAACAAAUGGGAUCAACAGCCAUCACCAUCACCAACACCAAAGUAG